AUCACUCAUCUCAUUCAUCCUAUUCGAACACUGGUCACUCACUAACCCAGCCCAGAUACCAGUCGACCAAUCAUUCAAAUCACUGCUCAGGAACUUCAGAUCAAACCAACAAACCCACCCACUCACCAGCCAGGAAACAUUCCUACUCAGACUAGAACGAACAGCCACCCCUUCAAAGAACAACUUGGUCGACAGACUAGCUCGAGCUCACAAUGUCACCAUCAGCCUCUCCCUCCAACAGGAGCAGUUGACCGUCUUUGGUCAGAUGAAAGACCGGCUCAAGUUUUGGACUGACUUCGAGAGAACCAGGAGGACCAUCCACAAGCAACUCGUCCAUCUCCCUCCUCAAAAAGAACUCAGUAGCAUCACACUCAAUCAUCUGGGUGAACUCGCUAACUGCUACCUGGAACAAACAGAAGAACAUGCCCAAAAAAACACCCUGCUUGCCUGCGCCUUCGAUCCAAAUAACCUAGCCAAAAGAGUCUCAGAUGUUGUCCAAAGAUUUAGGAUCCUAUCCACCGAAUACGACCAUACACCAUUGCUGAUCGACAUCCCAGCAACAAGCAACAGUCCACUAGGCUUUCUGCCGUUCUCGUAUCCGUUCGAAUUGGAAUGGCCUCAUCACCUGGCCUUCGAUCACAAGUGCUUCAGCAGAUUCACAUCCGCUUCCGGCCCUUCUACCACCACCAUCACCACCAGUAGCAGUAUUCAGUCUCAGGGAUCUCGUGGUUCUGAUUUGCUUGAUCAAAUCGACUUGGAUCACUUGCUGUCAUCAAGUUUACCAAUCCUUACCAGACGUUCAUCAUCUUCAGAUCUGAUCAGUUUACAAGACUGGAUCAACCAGAGUCUUUCGAUCUCUGAUUCGACUGAAAAAGGCACCAUAGAAUGUAAAAUCUAUCAAGGUCAUUAUCUCAAAGCCAAGGAUUCAUCCAGUCCUUUGCUCGAUCAGUCCUUGCUCAUCCCUUCCCCUCCUCCGCCUCCUCUUGGUCAGCAUCUUGAUGAACAACAUGGCCUCAUUCAUCACCUCCGAUCUUUCUGGACUUCAAACUUUAUUUCCCCCUCACGCAAGACACCUCAAUUCAUCUUCCUCAAAUCUUCACGACAUCCGAUCAAAUCAAGAAUCCUUUCCAAGAAACAACAACAACAACAGCAUCAAGCUAUCGAAAAUGAGACAGAAGAAAAAGAAAGAGAAAUAGAGGAGGAAAGACAAACUGAAGUUUAUGUAUCUUUUGAUCCAACAAAACACCAACAACAAGCUACCGAUCCGGUGAGAAAGGAAGAAGAUCCAGAGUCGACGUUGACGACUUAUGAAGUCAUUCGAAAGAGACCCAAUAAGGAUUGUCUACUUGAUCUUGAUCAAGAUCAAGAGAAUCAAGAGGAGGAAGAGGAGGUCGUGGACAAAGUGGUCAAGCGACGGAUGAUUAUUCUUCGACCACAUCAAUCGACGGAUCUGAUGGUCGAGGUCGAGGAACGAAUCCGACUGGAUGUCGAGCCGGGUCAUUUCCGAGCCGAGAAGAUCCUCGAGCCCGAGGAGCGCGACACAGAGCAGACGAGUGAUCAACGCACGCCUUCUUGCAGCUCGCAUGAAGAAGCCUAUCUGCUCCUCCGUCGCUCCGGCUCUCGGCUUCUUUCUUCUCCUGUCCAUCAGGAUCUCCACGAAGACUGCGUCGAGCUUCCCCAGGAAAACCUCGUCCAGUCGAGCCCUCGUCUCGUCUCGGUCAUUCACUCCUCCGUCGAUACACUCGUUCCUCGCGAUCGUAUUCUUGGACAGCUUGUUUCUCAUCAUCAUCAUCACAUUAAAUUCUCUCCUUCUUCUUGAUCAGUUCCUUCCUCCCCGAUUGGCAAAAUGAGUGUUUCUUGAUGAUCCGUUAAUAUUAGAUAGCAGUACAUACUACUCCUGUUUCUCUUGUCUCUUAUAUUCAACUAUACAUACCAAGAAAAAGUAACUUGCACUCCCUUAACAAAUCAAUCAGUGUUGUUUCUUAUAUUUCGUGUGCCGGGGGGGGGGGAUGCACCAAAUGAUUGCUUUGAGAUCAAGAUCCAUCCCAUUCUGGAUGACUCGACUACAUUAUUAUGAGUUAUAAUAGUGACACCAUGUGAUGCAAUUAUACUGUGUUCUCCUCAUACUCUCUCAGUUUUCUAAAGCAUCUGUAGAAUAACUUGGUCGCGUAGUCGUUUAUAUUUGGACCAUUUUUUUUUUUGGUCAAGCUUUGAUUUUUU